GUCAAUGACUCAUGGGCCCCCACUUCCCCGUAACCCCACCUUGUCGUCGGCCAUCUCGCUUCCCUUCGCCACCUCGUCGUCGGAUCCACACAGCCACACAGGUGCAGCCGUAAACCCUCUCAGUUCUCACCUUACAGAGGAGUGGAGGUAAAGACACGGGAAGAGGAAGAAGAUGUCGUCCAAGGUGUACACCCUCGAGGAGGUCGCCAAGCACAACACCAAGGACGACUGCUGGCUCAUCAUCGGCGGCAAGGUGUACAAUGUGACCAACUUUUUGGAGGAUCACCCAGGAGGCGAUGAUGUUCUGCUGUCUUCAACUGCCAAAGAUGCUACUGACGACUUUAAAGAUGUGGGCCACAGCACCACUGCUCGUGCAAUGAUGGACGAGUACUUAGUUGGUGAAAUCGAUGCGACCACAAUACCCACUAAGGUGAAGUACACGCCCCCCAAGCAGCCACAUUAUAACCAAGAUAAGACCCCCGAGUUCGUCAUCAAGAUCCUGCGGUUUUUGGUCCCCUUGGCAAUAUUAGGCUUGGCCGUCGCUGUAAGGAUCUACACCAAGUCGGAAUCCGCUUAGUACUGUUGUCAGUCUUUCAAAGAUCACAACUGAAUAAGUUAGUGAGGAUUGCAUAUGUUAUACGAGUAUGGUCUAUCAUGAAUUCAGAAAUUUCAGUCUUUGUGGUCGUAUGGUUACGGUCUAUUGGUAAAUGAGACUCAAAUGAAAUGGAUGGAUAUUCGGUUCUA